CAUUAAGGGGCGUGGCUAGGCGAAUCCUGCUCCCGCUGCCAAGAUGGAGGAGUCCAGCACAUGGGACGUGGAGAGCAGCAGCUCUAGCAGCAGCAGCAGCGAUGAGGAGGGAGAAGAAGUGGAGAUGGAAGAGGAAACGAAGGAGGAGGAAACGAAGGAGCGGGAGAAGGGCAAGGGGGGAGCCUAUGUGCCCGGACAAGGGCCCCCUCCAGCCCCGGGGGAGGAGCUGGUGAUGGACGAGGGGGCCUACCGGCUCUACCAUCGGGCAGGAACAGGUGCUCCUUGCUUGAGUUUUGACAUUUUGCAUGAUGACUUCGGAGAGAAUCGAACCACCUACCCACUAAGCCUUCUCCUCUGUGCUGGAACUCAAGACGAAAGAGCCCAGGCUAAUAGAUUAAUGAUAAUGAAGAUGCAUAACCUCCAUGGAACCAAGCAAGCUACCAAGGAUACUUUGGGGUCAGAAAGCAGCAGUGAUAGUGAUGAAGAUGAAGAUGAUGAAGAAAAGAAACCUCAGCUGGAAUUGGCCAUGGUUCCCCAUUUUGGGGGUAUCAACAGAGUUCGGGUGACAGAGGUGGGAGGCACCCCAAUAGCUGCUGUUUGGUCUGAGAAGGGACAGGUGAAUCUCUAUGACCUACAACGGCCCCUGGCAGCUGUGUUUAACUCCCAGGCAAUGGCAGUCUUCCUGCGAGAAGAGCAGGCCAAGAUCAAACCCAUCUUCUCCUUUGCUGGACAUAUGACAGAAGGAUUUGCAAUGGAUUGGUCCACCAAGAAACCAGGCACGCUUCUGACUGGUGAUUGUAACAAAAAUAUCCAUUUAUGGACACCCAGGGAGGAUGGGUCAUGGUUUGUAGACCAGCGGCCUUUCACCGCUCACACUGGAUCUGUGGAAGACCUACAGUGGUCCCCGAAUGAAGCUACGGUUUUUGCUUCCUGCUCUGCAGAUGCCUCCAUCCGGAUCUGGGACAUACGGGCAGCCCCAGGGAAAGCUUGCAUGCUGACCAGCAGCCAGGCACACGAUGCAGAUGUCAAUGUAAUCAGUUGGAAUCGAAAUGAACCUUUCAUUGUAAGCGGAGGAGACGAUGGGGCCCUCAAGAUCUGGGACUUAAGGCAGUUUCAGAAAGGGUCGGCUGUCGCCACCUUCAAGCAGCACACAGCCCCCAUCACAUCCGUGGAGUGGCACCCUACGGACAGUGGUGUGUUUGCGGCUUCUGGUGCAGACGACCAGGUGACUCAGUGGGACUUAGCUGUGGAGCGAGACGAGGAAAGUGAGGCUGAGGACCCAGCCUUGGCCUCCAUCCCUCCUCAGCUGCUGUUUGUUCACCAAGGAGAGAAUGAUAUUAAGGAGCUGCACUGGCACCCCCAAUGCCCUGGCACCAUCAUCACCACGGCCUUAUCUGGAUUCAACAUCUUUCGAACCAUCAGUGUUUGAGGGAAAUUGUACGAAAUUGCCUGCUCUUAUUCAUCCAUGGCUGGUACUCUUUGGACUGUGAACUUUCUAAAAUGACGAUCUUUGUUGACCUAAAUCAACUAAUCCUUUCUGAAGCCUGGCAUAGACCGAGCUAAGUCUUUUGAUGGGGUCAUCACCUCUUCCUGUUCUCCAACUAAUGGGUGAUAACGAAUAGAGUAGCUGCACCAUUUUAUCUCUACUAAUGUUCUUUCUCUUCUCCCUGUGAGCAACACAGAUGACUCAGGCCUCAUUUCAAUGCUACCAUUAUAUAUUAUAUUAAUACAGUUCAGAACAAAGUAGAACAAGGGAGGGGGGAAACUGUGGCCCCACAAACUACUCCCACCAGUCGCCCUUAGCAUGACUACCAGGCUCUACCAGUUUGGAAGGCCAUAGCUUCCCCAUCCUUGGUGUUUGUUGUGUGUAGAACAGCCCAGUCAGUUCAACUUCUGAAACCUCUGAAGUGUCUAUGCAAAUUAUAGGAUCGAGCCUGGUAACUGUGAUAGCCAAGAGUUUAAAGUGAAAGUAAGGUGUAUUUGAUUAAAUAUAAAUUAUUUUGGAAGAAA